CACCCUCCUCCUCUUCAUCCAAUUCCAAGCUCUUUGGCUCCCCUCCGUCCCCACCACGCUUUUCGCUCUACGGCUCCCCUUCUUCGAUACCCGAGGCCACGACAAUGCGACCAUGGAGCUCAACCGGACACGGUCGAUGCUCCGCGACUCCGUCACCUUCCUCCCCCUCAAGGACCUGCGCUUUGCCGACCACCCGACGUCGGGCCACACCUGGUUCAUGAGCUCGAUGAACGACACCGUCGAGCCCGGCGAGGCCGAGUACUUGCACUUCCCUUCGGAAGCGUCCUCCGGCCGUGUACUCUGCCUCUCGGCACACGACGAUUCCGACGGGAGUAAGAACUCGUACGCGUUGGCGUGGCUCGAGGCGUUGCCGCGUGGCGCGACGCUCCUCCCGGGCCUCACGUUCGUCUCUGACACGUACUAUGACUACUCCAACCUCUGGCACGGGCUCUCGGCGGUCCUGCCGUUCGCCGCGUGGCACCAGCGGAGCAAAUGCGCGGUGCCGGCCCGGUGGGUACUGUUCCAUUGGGGUGAGCUGCGCCGCACGAUGGGGCGGUGGGUGUGGUCGGUGGCGGAGGCCGCUAUCGGGAACGUGGUGAUUGAAAUGUUCGACGGCAGCAACAGCACCGGUCAGGACCCGGCGUGCUUCGAGGAGGCGGUGGUGUUCCGGCACAACAAAGGCGCGAUGUCGCGGGAGCGGGACGAGGAGGUGUUCGACAUGUUGCGGUGCAAGGCGAGAGCUUACUGUAAGGUCGGUGAGGCGGCCGUUGGAGACCCAAAGGCGGCCGUUCGGACGACGCUGCUGCUGAGGAGCGGUGCGAGGUCGUUCAAGAACGAGUCGGCGGUGAUCGCGGUCUUUGAGAGAGAGUGUCGGAAGGUGGACGGUUGCAGAAUCACGGUCGCAAGGCCUGACAACCUUACAUUCUGUGAUCAAGUUAAGCUGUUGAGCGAGACCGACGUACUAGUCUCACCGCACGGGGCGCAGAUUACGAACAUGUUCUUCAUGGACAAGGACAGCAGCAUAAUGGAGUUCUACCCGAAGGGGUGGAAGGAGUUGGCCGGGGCGGGGCAGUACGUGUUCCGGUGGAUGGCAGAGUGGGCCGGGAUGCGGCACCAGGGUUCGUGGUGGGAGCCCGACAGCGGCGAACUGUGUCCGAGCCAGACAGACAAGCUGCAAUGCUUUUUCUCAUACAAGGACCUACAGAUCGGGCACGACGAGGCCUACUUCGCACGGUGGGCGUCCCGCGUUCUCGGCGAGGUGAAGGAACGCAAAACAGCCGCGGUAGCGGCGGAGACAUGGGGAGAUUCAGAUUCGUGCCAGUGCGGCUGAUCCGAA